AUGACUUCAAAUCCUGAAUUUAUCAGAGUGAAACGUAGAAGAGAUGAAGAGCCUGUAGGUGCAUUACUGAUUGAUGAGAAUAAAAGAUCUAAGACAGGGAAAUUUAUCUAUAAAAAUACUGCUACAGUUAUACUCAAUAAGUUUGAAGAUAAUAAUGAUGAUACACCUCUUUUAAAAUUGAGUAAUCAUGAUGAUCAGAGGCACUUUAUUUUAGAAACGCACAAUAAAAAACGUCGUCAUUCCGAAGCAAAUGAACAGGUAAACGAUCCAAAUAAUCUAAAGAAUGAGAACACGCUUCCGAAUACAUUACCAAAUGAGAUUUCUAAAAUGCUAAAUGAUUACUUAGCGUUAAAUACGGAUCAAUCAAACGGAGAAACUAGAAAGAAAAAACCUAGUAGGAAACAUUUUAAGGGCGAGUCUGCUACAGUACUAAGUUUACCAAGUCAAGAUUAUGUAUAUGAUAUAUACCAUUUAGAACCGUUAAAUGAAAAGGAAAUACCUCCCGAUACAAAAUUAGGUCAUGUAAAGAUUGUCAACAUUGAUGUUGAACUUAUUAACGAUGAAAAAUCUGACACGGAAGAUCAAUUUCCUAUAGAUGAUGACUCAAAUAGUGAAAAUUUCUAUAGAAAUGAUUAUCCAGAGGAUGAGGAUGAUGAUAGAUCAAUACUUUUCGGUAGUGAUGUAGAUUACAAAGAGAUAGAAAGUGAAAUAAAAUAUCUGAAUGAAUAUAGAAAACAGGACUUUGAUCCUGAAGAGCAAUAUGGAUAUGAUGAUGCUAAUGAGGUUAUCAAUGUCAUGAAAGAUGAUUUCUCAGAUUUGUUUGACAAGUUUGGUGCAAGUGCAGAUAUCUUAAACUCUAUAAAUACAAGCAAUUUUAUAGAUUUAGAUAAAAUUAAUGAAGAAGAAGAAGAUGAUGAUUACGCUGACAAUGAAGCGGAUUAUGAAUACGGUUAUCAGGAUAAUGAGUAUGAUUAUGAAGGAAAUAAUACAGAUUACUAUGCUAAAAACGAGCCUUCUAUUAAAAGAAGCAUAUUUUUUAAAAGUGAUGAAGAUGAUCCCGUGGCGAUUCACAGAGACAAAAUAUUUGGGAAAUUACAAGCAAUGAUAGACAAAUCCGAUGAUACGCAACAUCAACAGAAGUAA